UAACAUGCUGCAUGCGACUCUCACACCAGCUCUACACUAUUGCUGCUGACUUACAAACUUUCCUUUCUGUUUUUCUUCUCGAGGUUUUCUGGAAUGACAGUGAAGAAUGGCUACGGUUUCGUCAGAUGUCACAAGACUCACGUUUUCAAGCCAAGACAACAAAGUUAAAGGCAGACAGGCAGACAGCAGUACACAUGAGGAAUGAAUUGAGAGAGGAACUGGGCAAAAACGCAGAGGUCAGUCCCAGACUCCCUAUGCAUCCACCACCAUGAAAUAAACCCAUGGUAAAGUGUAUGAGUCUAGAAUGGGUACAACUCUUAGCCAUGAAGACAUCUCUCCGGCUGAACUGGACGCUCUGUGGAGGGAACCACCUUACACUUUUGGGGGAACAAAUGACCAUUUCUCGGGAAAUGACAUCAUGACACAAGGUGAGGAGGAGGGCGGGGCGCUGGGGGAGUCUGGAGAAGGCGGAGCAGAGCCAGACAGCUACUGGAAGAAGAAGGAAGCUUUUCUUCGAGGAAGUAAAGUGUCUCUGGGAGAAAAAUUCUCCUCAGAAAUUGUGCUGCUUUUCACCGGGCGAAGGCGCUCAACUGGACCUGACCGCUCAUUACAAGAAGCUCUCCGCACGAGGCUGAGAGUGGUGGAGAGUAACAGUAAAGAUGUCAUCCAGCUCUUUAAGGACCUCUCUGCUCGUCUGGUCUCUGUCCAUGCUGAGAAGGACAGCUUUGUACUCACCUUCAAAACUGUAGAGGAAAUCUGGAAGUUCUCAACAUACUUAGCAUUAGGAUUUGUGGCCCGAUGCUUGGAGAACUUCUUGUGUGAUCAGUCGUUCUGGUUGGACCCAGAGCUCCUUAGCGACUUAGAGAUAAACGUCACCGUGGAUGAAGAGCACCUGGCCACUCUCUAUUUGGGACUUUUACUUCAAGAAGGUUCUUUCUUUGCAAAGGCCUUAUUCACAAGAAAUGACAUAAACGAGGAUGAUGAAGAGCAGCUUUCGUUUAAAAAGAAUGACCUGCUUCUGGUGCGGGACACUGGGCAGGAGAACAUGUGGGAGGGCACCAUGUUGUCUACAGGAAGUCACGGCCUGGUGCCAGUCAACGCCAUGCAGCCCCUGCCCUACCCUUUCUAUCAGUGGUUCCUGAGGAAGUACCCGGGCCAUGCUGGAUGUGCGCCGUUGGAGAAGGAACCGUUUGAGCAUCCGAUUGUGACUGGUUCGUGUGUAGCAGUGGCCGACUACAGCCCCCAGACUCCAGAUGAGCUCCAGUUAAGUCAAGGGGACGUCAUAGAGAUCCAGGGCCUUCUCCUCAGAGGUCUGGCUGUUUUCAUUGGGACCCACACGUCAACUGGGCACACAGGCUUUGUCCAUAAGGCCCAUGUCAAGCCUCUCAAUACAGCACCUCUGGGCAGACAGUUGCUCUUUCUGACGGAGGAGGAGCGGAGCAGUCUGGCCCAGGUUAAACCAUGCAGCAUCGAGCCGUGUGACAGUGGCCUGCUGGAGAAGCUCUUUUCGUCGGACAUCAGCUCUGUCUACAGGCUAGACAGACUGGAUGAUUCAGAUUUUAUGUACAUCAAGAAUACACCAAAACAUGAUUACAAGGUCUCAUCUAGUGCCCGCCAGAGUCUGAUGUCAGAGAGAAGUGGGACCCCUCCGUUUCAUUCGUCCCCCCGUAACUCAGUGUCUCAGCCCUCUCCGCGUCUGUCCUUCUACCAGCCCCUCAGCACCCUGCCGCGUGAAGGAGAGCGCCUGACCUUUCACCCCGAGGACACCUUUAGAGAGCUGGACGAGUUCCAGGAGGAGCCCCCCCUCUUCCUGGAUGAGAGCAGCUGGGACGGGGAUGAGUCAGAACUCAGUGACCCCACCCUCACUCUGCUCAACCAGCAACACUUUCAGGUUGAAUUCCUCCCUCUCUAUGACAUGCAGUAUUCCUUCUUGUGGGUAACAUUUGGAGGUAAGAGUGAGGAGGAGCUGUCUGGGCACUUGGAGAGCGUGAGGGAGUGUGCCAAGAGGAUGGGCAUGCACUGGGCACACAGACGCGCCUGCUUCCUCCUGGGACGGCUCUGUGCCAAGAAGCUCAAGCUCUCCCAGGCUCGUGUUUACUAUGAAGAGGCCUUGAGCGUGUGUGUGGACAGUUUCAGUGACACUCCUCUCUUUAUCGCUCUGGUCACAAACCUCACUGCUAUUUAUUUAAAGCAGAAGAUGACGGACAAGCUCCCGCUCACUUUGGAGAAGGCCUCUGCUCUGCUCCUGUGCCUCCAAUGCCAUAACUUCACCUCCAGCGAUGAGACUGAACUGCUAAAUCUUGUACUGAGGAGGGCUAUUUUCUUGGGAGAUAAAUACCUUGAAGCUCGCGUCUGCUACCUCACCUCCAACCUCUUCUUGUCUUUACGAAAAACUGACGACGCACUUCCGUUUGUGGAGCGAUUGCAAUUUCUCUCUGUGACCAUAGCAACUAAUGAAAACCAACCAAUCGCUCCUGUAGACUUGAACUGGCUCCUAAGUGGGCUCUAUCACCGUAAAUACAUGCCCUACUUAGCAUUAGCGUCCGUCAGCUUAGACUCAAGGCAGGACCACUCCCUUCAUGAUGCUUUUCAGAGGAUUGAAUUAUUUAUUAAAAAUUCUGUGAGGUUGAAUCCGUGCUGGAAAGAAGGCACCUCUCUGCUCCCAGCACAGAUAGUGGUUUAUCUGCAGCAGGCUUUGGCCAUAGCAGAGAGAGGGGAGGAGCUAAACACCCAGAGGGACCUGUGUUUGGGGCUGGCGUCUCUGUACCAACAGUAUGGGGCACUGGAUAAGGCCGUGCGGUGUGCCCAGCAGGCUGUGGAGACAGGCGGACACAUCAAUGAGGAGGAGAGCUUUGAGGCGUCUGUGCUGUAUGGCUGGCUCCUGGUUCUGACUGGACAAGCAGAAAAGGCUCAAGCAAUACUACAGCCACUGCUCACAUCACUACAGUGCACAGACAGCCCCACACAGAGAGGAGUCAUCCACAACCUGCUGGCUCUGUGUCUGAGGAAACAGGGUCGGACCGCACAGGCCCGUGGGCACCUCCAGUCUGCUCUGAUCAUCUCCAGGGAGAGUGGUAACCAGAGGAACCAGGCUCUGGCCCUUGCCAACCUGGGAUGUCUCGCCAUAGACGUGGGGGCAGCCUCUGUGGCAGAACUAUUACUUGUCAGAUCUUUGCACCUGUUCAUGGAGCUAUGGGAGAGCCCAACAGAUGAAGAGCACGUUCAGACGUACCUGUGGCUGGGGCGGAGCUACAAAGACAGGAGGCGGAGUCAGGACAUUCGGAAGUGUUAUGAAAUGGGAUUACUUAUUGCACUCCAUGCCAAAAAUUUGCACAGUCAGAUGGUGGUGGCCAAAGUCUUAAGUCGUCUGUAUGCUGACCUUCUCCUGUACGGUCAGAGCAUUGUUUACUAUGAGCACUGUGCUGCAGUGUCCAGAGAGCUGAAGGACAAGAGACUGGAGGGGGAAUACCUGGAAAUCCUCAGCAGCCUCUAUCUCUCACUCAACACUGAGAAGUCAUCUCGUAAAUCUCUGGACUACACAAAACAGAGCCUCAGGAUUUCUAUAGAUCUGGGCAAACGGGAGGAGGAGUCGGAGACUUGGCUUCAAGUGGGACGCAUCUAUUACCUUAUUUCAGAGGACGAACUAGCAGAUAUGUAUUUACAGGCAGCUGUGAAAACUGCACUGAGAAUGAAUGACCCCCACUUCACAAUGAGCAUCUAUGAAGAAGCAGGAGACGUGUACUUCAAAGGCUACAGGAAUCGAAUGGCCUCACUACCUUUUUAUAGAGACGGUGGCUUGCCUUUUGCACGAUGUAUUGGGGACAUUCACUCAGAGUUCAGAUUGUUGAGUAAACUGACCGAUUUGUUUAUGGACCACAAAGAAUGGGAGGAGGCCCUGCAGUACGCAACACUGUCUGUUGAGGUGGCAGGAAAAACUGGCGUAGAUAUGAAUGAGUGGUCCACCUACCACCGUCUGGCCACAGUCUACUACAGACUGGAGCAAUACGAGAUGGCAGAAAACUACUACCUCAAGGCCCUGUCAUUCUGUUCUCCCUCCAUCGAACACCCCCUGGAAGCGCAGUACUAUACCAAGGUGUACAGCAGACUGGGCAAUCUCACUCUGUAUAAGCUGAAGGAUGCCUUUGAUGCGGUGGGCUACUUCCAUUUGGCUCUGGCUGCUGCCCUAGAGGACUCGGCUAACCCUGAGGCCCUGUAUGUAGUUUACAUGAAGCUGGCUGAGAUAUAUGGACACCACAUGCCCAACGAUCAGCUGUGUCAAAACUACAGAGAAAAGGCUCAGAGCUUAAAGAGGGUCCUGGGAGGGGCAGCAACAGGAGAGGAAGGCAAAGACAAUAACAAUGGAGAGUGUUGUCAAAGGGAGGAAGAGGAUUCUAGUUUGGGACAUUCAGAGCAGACAGAAGAUAAUAUCAGUGCUUCAAGGACUUGUGUAACCAUUGCAGACGCACAAACCUCAAAUGUGGAUUCUAUUUUAGGAAAUACUGUGAACAAAGAAGCAGAUAUGAGCGAACCGUUUUCAGAGAGUUUUGAAGUAAAUGCUCCAGAAGGUAUUGGCGGUCAUUCUCACAAUGACUUUAAUCAUCUUACUGAGUCAUUUGAUACAGCUAAAGAAGACAUUAUUGACCCAAACAUUUCAAUGGAUCCGACACAAACAACAACAGAGUGGAUUAAGGGACAGACUGACCUGCAGCCAGACCACACAGUACCAGAGCAAAUACCAGUGAAUCACACAAGUGGAAUCAGUGAAGCAUUAAGUCCCGAAAAUGUCCCGCUAAAUUUCCAGAGCUCGCUAAACAUGGAGGACAGUGUGUCUCAAAAGGUCACUAUUGAAAAUGAAGAUAGUUUUGAGGAAAUUCAUGUGGACAUUGAAGAAACUGAAGAGACAUUUAGAGAUGGUCACCAGUCGAAUACAGGAGACAACAAGCACUUCUUUACUUUAUGAUGACUACAGCAACAUCAUUUAAUGCACUUAAUGUGAAAAUGACUUUAUUGAGUGAAUCUCUUGAAAUUUUGUCUUGGUUUUGAAUAACCAUUUUUGUAAAUGUAUAUUAGUUUGUUUGUUUUGUAAAAUUAUAAAUUAUUUGCUAUUUUAUAUGUACAUGCACAUUUGAUGCUUUUUUUUAUAAAGAAUAAACUAU